AUGGAAUCUCUGAGUUGCAAGAAACGAGUCCGUUCUGACUCAGACGAGUCGGGGUUUGACUCAGUCGAGGCCAAAAGAAUCCUCCUCGACAUUUUGGACGAUUCAGAUGCGUCCACAGUGAAUCACGACCUUGACUCGUUCAUGAAGAGCUUUCAAGAUGAGAUUUCUCCGGUGCCGGAGUUUGGCGCCGGAGUAAAUUCCGAAUCCCGGCCGGAGCUUGGGUUUCUUUUUGAGGCGUCGGAUGACGAACUCGGUCUUCCACCGACCGAAACGGAUACGGAUACAACUCUAACCGCACCGGAAAAGAUGAGAGUUUUGGCUGAGUCGGUUGAACUCAGUGAGUUAUGGGGUUUAGAUGAUCAGAUCUCAAACUAUGGUUCAUUCGAGUAUGAAUUUGGUUAUGACGAUGUUAAUGUUAGUAAUUAUAGUAACAACGGUGAAUACGUGGCGUUAGAUGGGUUGUUUGAUCAUACAGAUCUAGGUUUUGGUUCGUCGGAUCUGUCAUGGCGGCCGGAAACUUUGCCGGCCCAGUGA